CAUCAAACCGCAUGCUAUAUGGGCCCUUCAUCAAUUCUCAGUACUACGGGACGCUGCCGGCGUUGAUCGCUAGCUGGGCGGUUGCAAGUGCAACGCCCCAGGGAGGUAAACUCAUCCAAAGCGUCUAUUUUCCUCCUUCGAUCUAUGUUACAUUCCAAUCAAGAUCCAACGGAAGCAGUGCUUUUGCACUACGUCAGCGCUGCCGAGAUUUUAAGCCCAAUUGACAGCGCAUGCUAUGAGACACUUUGUGCCAGGCUUAACCACGCUUCCGGCCCGCGUGCCAAUCUUGUUUUUGACUUUCGGAUGAUGGGGUUGCUGCUCAUCAUCAACAAUCUCUCUAUGUGAGGCAGGCGGCCAGGAUCGAGUACUUAAUCCUGUCUGCACGACCUUCAGCUUGAGCCAUGGAGUAGCUAGUAGUAAUAAUAGCGAUGACCAUCAGCCUUCCGACGGUGAUGCCAUCCAUCUGAUCUGAUCCUGUUAUUAACUUUCUUACUUUGUAGGCUUUUCAUGUCAUCUGCAUCCUUGGCCAAGAGUGACGGCCCGGGGGGCGCCAAGGUUAGGUCCAAGGGUCUAGCUUGAAACACCGUCAUAUCCCCUUUUUCACUGCUCAGUGGCUUCUAAUGUUUCGAGUCCGACGAGCUACAACGACGGAGUGCAAUCCAAUUUGUUUCGCUCUCCCCUCUAGAUUGAUUCUUCAACGACGACAUACAAGAAUCGUAUCGUAAACAGGAAAGCAUUUAAGCUUUGCCGCCGCACUGCCUAUUUUCGCCGUUG